CAAUGACACGCUGAAGGAGCGCAAGCACGAACGCGCGCGUGCGAAGAAAAAGCGCUCGUUCUCCGUUAGCGAAAAAUCAACGAUUUACUCCGUAAUUGCGUCGCCACUAAAACCAUACAUGACAUUUUAUUUCAACGUUGCCACAAAUAGCUUACAGAAAUACCAUAGAGAAGACCACAACAGCUAAUUAUAAUAGAGAGGAGAAUUACGAGAGAUGGAUGAGAAAGACCAAGGAGCGCAGAUGGAGCCGCUGCUUCCUGCGGUUCAAAGUCCUGCUAGUGAUCACGGGAGGACCGAUGAGGAAGCUGUUCUGGAUAGGGGUGGGACUCGAUCCAUGCUCAACACAAAUUUUGAGAAAGAGGAGCUAGAAGGUCACCGUACCCUUUACAUUGGGGUGCAUGUCCCUCUGGGUAGAAGAUCACACAGACGGCAUCGUCACCAUGGACACCGCCACAGGAAGAGGUCACGGGAGAGGGACUCAGGCACAGAAGAUGGCAGAGAAUCACCAUCAUACACGGAUACGCCGUCUCAGCGUGUACAGUUUCUGUUGGGGAUGGAGGAUGACGAGGAGCACAUCCCUCAUGCUCUCUUCACUGAGCUGGAUGAGAUCUGUUUGAAAGACGGAGAAGAUGCAGAAUGGAAAGAGACAGCCAGAUGGCUAAAAUUUGAGGAGGAUGUGGAGGAUGGAGGAGAGAGGUGGAGCAAACCGUAUGUUGCCACACUUUCCCUGCACAGUUUGUUUGAACUGCGGAGCUGCAUCCUCAAUGGAAUAGUCAUGCUGGACAUGAGAGCCAACUCACUGGAGGAGAUCGCUGAUAUGGUUCUGGACCAGCACGAGACCUCGGGUGUUCUGGGUGAGGAGGUACGGAAAAAGAUUCGAAACGCUCUCCUUAAACAGCACCACCAUCAGAACCAGAAGAAACUGGCCAAUCGGAUCCCCAUCGUACGUUCCUUUGCAGAUAUCGGCAAGAAGCAGUCUGAACCUCACUCUAUGGAUAAGAAUGUUGUAGUCGCAGGCCAUCCAUCUCUCAAGCCCCCUUCUCAAGACCUCUGGUCUAGGUUCACAUGUGGCAUGAGAGACAGACAGGCGCUCUUAUGUCCAGCCUGGUCCCUCCACUGUCCCAAAUGUGUGUCAGAUCCUCAGAAACCCCACAUGUGCCCUUCUGCCCUUCCUGCCAAAGACAACCCUCACUCCCGACCCCAAAAAACUCCCAUCCAUUUCAGCAAGAGACUCAGCCCACCUUAUGGGUACCACAGCAUCCCCACCUUCAACCCAGAGGAGGAGCCACCAUCAGGUCAGAUGGUUUCACCUCAGGCUCAGCCCGCCACUACAGAAGGGGGGGCCGGCAGUCGUGAGAACAGUGCUGUCGACUUUAGCAAGAUAGACCUUCAUUUCAUGAAGAAGAUCCCACCGGGGGCUGAAGCCUCCAAUAUCCUGGUGGGCGAAUUGGAGUUUCUGGAGAAACCUGUGGUGGCUUUCAUCCGUCUGUCUCCGGCCGUGCUGCUCAACGGCCUGGCUGAAGUUCCUAUCACCACUAGGUUUCUUUUUAUCCUGAUGGGGCCAAUGGGCAAAGGGCCUCAGUACCACGAGAUUGGUCGUUCCAUAGCCACACUCAUGACAGAUGAGGUGUUCCAUGACGUAGCUUAUAAAGCGAAGGAUCGCACUGACCUCGUGGCAGGAAUCGAUGAGUUUUUGGACCAGGUGACUGUGCUGCCCCCAGGCGAGUGGGAUCCCACCAUUAGGAUAGAACCUCCCAAAAACGUUCCCUCUCAGGAGAAGAGGAAGGUUCCUCCUCUGGCCAAUGGAGGGGCAGAUCUGGGGGAAGCUGAGGAGCAUGGAGGUCAUGGAGGACCAGAGUUACAACGCACAGGGAUCCUUUUUGGUGGCUUUUUUCGGGACAUUAAGCGUAAGGCUCCACACUACUUGUCAGAUUACACAGACGCCAUCAGCCUGCAGUGUUUGGCCUCUUUCCUGUUUCUGUACUGCGCCUGUAUGUCACCUGUCAUCACCUUUGGAGGACUGCUGGGAGAAGCUACGGAGGGACGCAUAAGUGCAAUAGAGUCUCUGUUUGGAGCUUCAAUGACAGGUAUUGCAUACUCCUUGUUUGCUGGGCAGCCCCUCACUAUACUGGGAAGCACGGGGCCGGUCUUGGUUUUUGAGAAAAUCCUUUUCAAAUUCUGCAAAGAUUAUGGCUUGUCCUACCUCUCCUUACGUGUGUGUAUUGGACUGUGGACAGCUUUUUUCUGUCUGCUGCUGGUGGCCACAGACGCCAGCUCACUGGUGUGUUACAUCACAAGAUUUACAGAGGAAGCCUUUGCUUCCCUCAUCUGCAUCAUCUUUAUCUACGAGGCUCUGGAGAAACUCAUCCAUCUUGGAGAGACUUAUCCUAUCAACAUGCACAGUGACCUUAACCUGCUUACAAAUUACUCGUGUGUGUGCAAAAUGCCCGACGAUCCCAGUAAUGCAACACUGCGUUACUGGAAGGAUAAAAACAUCACUGCUUCUGAGAUCGUCUGGUUAGACCUAGAUGUCAAGGACUGCGUAGACAACAGAGGUGAAUUCGUUGGAAACGCAUGUGGUCAUCAUGGUCCGUACGUCCCCGAUGUUCUGUUCUGGUCUGUCAUUCUCUUCUUCUCCACGGUUGCCAUGUCCUCUUUCCUCAAAGAAUUCAAAACCAGCCGCUACUUCCCCACCAAGGUGAGAGCGAUCAUCAGUGAUUUUGCUGUUUUUCUCACCAUCUUGACCAUGGUUUUGAUCGACUACGGCCUGGGAAUCCCCUCCCCCAAACUACAGGUUCCUAAUGAGUUUAAACCAACCAGAGAUGACCGUGGCUGGUUCAUUAGCCCUCUGGGGCCAAACCCAUGGUGGACCAUUCUCAUAUCUUUCAUCCCAGCUCUCCUGUGUACCAUUCUCAUCUUCAUGGAUCAACAGAUCACUGCUGUUAUCAUUAACAGGAAGGAACACAAGCUGAAGAAAGGUUGUGGGUAUCAUCUGGACCUCUUUGUGGUAGGCGUGAUGUUGGGGGUGUGCUCUCUGAUGGGUCUGCCAUGGUUUGUGGCCGCGACGGUCCUGUCGAUCUCUCACGUCAACAGCCUGAAGCUGGAGUCUGAAUGCUCCGCCCCUGGAGAACAGCCAAAGUUCUUGGGCAUCAGGGAGCAGCGGUUCACUGGUCUCAUGAUAUUCGUUCUCAUGGGCUGUUCAGUGUUUAUGACCUCCGUACUAAAGCACAUCCCGAUGCCUGUGUUGUAUGGAGUUUUUCUCUACAUGGGGGCGUCUUCUCUCAGGGGCAUUCAGUUUUUUGAUCGUCUGAGGCUGUUUGGGAUGCCAGCGAAACAUCAGCCAGAUUUUAUAUAUCUCAGACAUGUCCCGCUGAGAAAGGUCCACCUGUUUACCAUCAUGCAGCUCAGCUGCCUGGUGCUUCUCUGGGUCAUUAAAACCUCUAAAGCCGCCAUCGUCUUUCCUAUGAUGGUGUUAGCACUGGUUUUCAUCCGUAAGCUGUUGGAUUUUAUCUUCUCUAAGCGAGAGCUCAGUUGGCUUGAUGACCUCAUGCCCGAGAGCAAGAAGAAAAAAUUGGAAGAUGCUCAGCAAGAGGAGAAUGAGUGUGUUUUGGUGGAGGAUGAAGGAAUUGUUCAAGUCCCUCUUGAGGAGAAUUACAAGGAUGAUCCAUCCACUAUCAACCUUUCAGACGAAAUGACAAAGACAUCUUUUGGAAAUGUGUGGAAAAGCCUCACCACAGACAGCACCAAAAAAGAUGAAAGCUCAAAAAGCUUAACAGUUAAAGGGUCCGUGACACACGAGCCACGUGAUGAAGAGAAGGAAACAGAUUUGGACAGAGAGACGAGUUUGUGAGUUUACGUUGUUAAAAACUUUCUGUAUCGUGCCACACUAAAAGCACCAGUAUUUGCUUCUCUUUUGUAGAGUUGUGUGUGCCAGUUUGUGCUAAGGCACCAUGUUACAUUAAAUGUUAUGUGUGUGAGUGUGUGUGCUUGCGUGUGUGUUUAUGAAAUAUGUUUGGAGCGUCUGAAUAUGCGUGAGUAUGCAAACCCACAAAGAACAAAUGGAUUGUGGGAUUGUGUGUUUAUGAAGCCUACUGUCCAAAGUAGUUUUACCCAUUGAAAUUGUAAAAGUUAUUUGUUUGUUUUAAACCAGGUAGAUUGUAUUUUGUAUGUUAUAUACUUUUUGGACAGUAGAUCCUUUGGGAAUUCCUUGUCUUAUAGCAUAAACAUAAUGAAUUUUUUAUUAUUAUGCAUAAAUUAUAAAUAUUCAUUUGCAGACAUAAUGUAGGCAUAUUGUAAAACUUAGUAAGAAGCAAUUUUCGGAAAGAGAAUGCAAAUGUAGUUUUAUUAAAUUAAACUUAUCACAUUUAGCUUUUAAAAUGUCUGUGUGAUUGUCACAAUGUUUUCCACAUCACUUCAUGAUAUAUUGGAUGUUAAUAUAUACUACUUAUGAGCAGUGACCAAUAUUUUCUAAAGUACUUUUAUGAACAAUUUUCUCAUUUUGUGAAUUUUAUUGUAAUAUUUCACAAAACAAAAAAAUUAACGAGCCAGAACUGUGCUUAUUGAAUCCUUCAACACAUUCUCUUGAACUUGAUACUGUAUGAAACAUGUUCACAUUCAUAAUCUCAAAUUUGUUUUAUUUUAUUUAAAAAAAAAAUAUUACUACCAAGCUUUAUCUCAUUUUUGCAAAAUUGUGUGUAGCAUUUGACCAUGCAAAUAAUAGUAAACAUAUAUUUUGUUAAAACUCUGCAAAUAAUAAACCAUGAUAAUGAGUGAUUUAACUGUAUAGUGCUGUUUCACAAUGUCUCUGAGUUAGGGUAUCUGUCUCAUUUUCAGGCUUUAUCACCCAAACAUGAUAUAUACUGCCAAUAAUACGCAAGUCAUGACAGUCAAUGCAAUAAUAUUUUUUUCACAUGAGGGGCAUUAAUAUGUGCUAACCAGAGACACAUUUGACAUUUAUUAAUAACACAUGUACAUGUAAUUAUGUAUUUUGUCUGUGUAUAAUGUUACAUAAAGUUAUUUCAUGUGUGGAUAGAUUUAUGUAUAGAGUGGGGGAAUGUGUUCAUGUUUUUGCCAUUUAAAAUGUUUGUUAACAAAAUGACACUCGCUCUUUAAAGACAUCUUGUGUACACGUACUGUAAACAUUUCUAGAUUUUGUUGUUAUCAUUGUAAAAUAAAGUUUCUUCCUGAAAUCA